ACGCUGUACAGUCACCCUUCACGCCUUUGAUCGACCACCACUCUCGCUCUACGUUGCUGCAACCCUCUGUCCAAUACCCUCGAAAUUGUUGUGCUUGAUUCCCUCCGUCUCUACCGAAGGAUCGCUUCUGCUCACAAUAGUCCACACCCUCCACUAACUGUGCACUACUAGGUUGUGUUGAGCGAAGACUCUAGUACUACUUAACGUUCGAUCUUUGUGUUCUUAGUCAUCUGCAGUAACACUUGCGGAAACUUACGACAACAUGUCUGGAACUGGAGGCGCGUAUGCCACGAAGGCAAAAGAUACGGAUUUCAGGAAGAAGUGGGACAAGGAGCAAUAUGCAGAACGCGCAAAGCAGAAGGAUCUGGAGGAGCGAGAGAGGAUGCAGGAGAAUGAGGAGCGACUGAAGCAAGGGAAGAAACCAAGGAAGGGGAAACGCGAAGAUCUUCCUAAACCUACGGAACUCAUGAAGCAGAGAGAGGCUCCGCUGGAGCUCGAGAAGAACCUUGGAAAAACAAUGGUCGUACAAAGCACAAGUGGACGAGGUCCUGGCGUUCCGGGAUUCUAUUGCGAAGCGUGUAAUCGCACUUAUAAAGACAGCGUAGGCUAUCUGGACCAUAUCAACGGUCGAGCUCAUCUGCGAGCCCUUGGCCAAACAACCCGGAUUGCCCGUUCUACGGUCGAGCAAGUCCGUGAACGAAUAGCGUAUCUUCGGGAGAAGACGAAGGAAGCCUCGAGUGCAAAGACAUUCGAUUUCGAGCAGCGGCUGGCAGAGGUUAAAGCCAAAGAAGCUGCGUUGCGCGCAGAGAAGAAAGCUCAGAAGAAGGCAGAAAGGGAAAAGUAUCGAGUUGAGCUUGUGAAAGACGUCACAAUGGUACACGACGAUACCAUGAUAACAAUGAUGGGUUUCACUGGUUUUGGCACAUCGAAGAAAUAAACGUCUCAUGUUUGAAGAACAAUGCACUUGGAUUAUACUCUACAAGACCGGACUACUGAUAUACUGUAAUACAUUUGUUCUUUGUUGUUGUAUUUCUACAUAUCUAAUGUCAUAGCUUUGCCAACGACAG